AUGGCUCAAUUUAAUCAACCCCCGACCGAGCCUGCUAAAGCGCGCGUGGAAGAACUCGGAGACAUCUCGCCUCCAAGUGUCCAAUCCAUGUCUCUGCCGCGCCCACCCCCGAAUCCAGUGCCAGACCUCAUGGAUCUUGUCAUCAAUCGAGAGUCGCGCUACACAACGCACUCACUCAUCACAUCUUACCUGGGUAUUGAUGAUAUACGCAAUGUUCAGUUAGCCUGCAGAAAGACGUCGGACCUGUACGCAAACAUGAAGAAGACUCAGUGGAACGUCAACACAAGCCUGCAGCCAUUCUUCAAGUACACUCAGACGUUUCGCUCUAUACAGGCCCAGACCGAGACUCUGAUCGGGAGCAAGUUCGCCAGAAUGUUCUUCCGUCGUCUGCAGGUCAAGAAUGAACUUCAGCUCUUUACGCAAGCUGGGGAGAAGGUGGAAGCUCUCAUUAGCUAUCUCGAACAGGAUGGCUAUGUUUUGGAUAGUGAGGUCGUGGGUGGAAGCGUAGAAUUUGGCAGCUCAAAGUUCUCUUGCUUCAAGAAGACAUCGACUAGUGACGGCGGCGAAACUUCAGUCACUCUCUUUCACUGUAUCCAUUCUCCCAUCGACGCAAUUCUCAUAGGCUGCGCGUGCUCCGCUCGAGUAUGCUUCAUCUCUUGGAAUAAGGCGUAUUGCCUAUUCCCAUCCGCGACCAUCCUCAAGCGAACGUCUUACCGAAUGACUCCUUUAAUACAGACGGACUAUCCACGCACGAUCGCCGCGAUAAAGUGCGACUCUGAAGAAGGACUGAUCGUCAAGACUGGCGAGUGGAUGAUCAAGAAUGAUAAGACACAUCCAGAGUUUGUCUUCGCACGGUCCGUUAGCGACAAGCUCUCGUGGGUAAUCAAGCUCGAUAUCACCCAUGUCUCCCCUGCUACAACCCCAGAUUCGCUGCUCGAUGAUGCCCGGUUCUCCGUGGAAACUACCAGCCAGUCUAGCAUAGUAUCUUACCUCCAGCUCAGAUAUGAUGUACUCGCAUCCUGCGCCCUGCAACAUACGUACAUCUGCCUUUCACGCUACCACUUUGAGCCCGCCGUGGAGUGGGGCGAAAGGAGGCGACGUCAGUAUGAGGCACAGAUAAGGCAACUUGAACAGGUACUGCACGCCGAGACAUCCAUGCAGCUCACCAUGCUUGACCCAGACGACCGGCCUCCUCAAUAUGCCACAAUCGUCAGUCGGAGAGGAAAAGACCAUACGGCUAAGGGCCACUUCAAGACACCUGCGAACUGGAAUUACUUCGACGCAGAGAUCCAGGCUGAACUUCGGAGGAUAACUGAGCAGUUGCUCGCUACUGGCCCACCGAAAUAG